AUGGCCCGAAAAUAUAAACAUGUAGAUUCCGUGGAGGAGAGACUCCGAAAAUUCAGGGAAGUAGCAGCAGCAGCAGAAGAAGCAAAGUCAUCUCGGUAUCAAAAUAUUAAUGCCAAACCAAAGAUCCAAAAGGUUCCCGUCAUGUUCCGAGAAAAUCACAAAUAUUUCCAAAGAUACUACGAGCCAAGGGUAACUGCCAUCGGUCCUUUCCACCAUGGUAAUCCAAUCUGCCACGGGGGUGAGAAACUCAAGCUUCAAUUAGCGGUAAAUUUUGUCAGAGACAGUAAGCAGGAUGCAGCAGAUUUGCUCAAGAAGGUUGAUGUGAACAUCAAGGAACUAAGGGAGUGCUAUGACGAGGUAGGCAUGGAGUACUUUGACGACGGUUACCUCGCGUUGAUGUUUUUCGUUGAUGGGUGUUCGACGCUGGAAUUCAUAUACAAAUAUGAUGACUUAGAAUGUUUUGAGAUCAAGAGCGACCUGGUGGCCUUUGCAGAACAGGACAUUUUCUUGCUCGAGAACCAACUUCCUUAUCAACUCCUCAAGCUGUUGAUGAGCUCGAGCAGCAUACAUGAGGACUUGAAGCACUCAAUCGAGAGGUUUGUUCAGAUGCACAGUGGUACACCAUAUCAGCGACAAUGGGGAGCAGGCGAAGCAGGCGUAAUAAUAAGCACAGAACCAGAGCCAACUCAUCUUCUUGAGCUUCUUCUGACAAGAAUGCUAGGAUAUCCACCUAAAAAAGGUGAGCCAAGUGUCAACAUUCGUCCCCAAUCUUUUCACAAUGUACAAGAGCUUCAGGCAGCCGGGAUCCAGUUUAGGCCGGUAAGGGGACCAAGCGUAUUGGGCCACAUAUAUUUUAAGAGCUUUCUAUGGCUUGGGUUCCUUUAUCUUCCCAAAAUAAAAGUAGACGCCUCGAUGGGGUAUAAGUUCAUGAACUUGAUAGCCUACGAAAUGUGUCCCGAUUUCCAGAACGAUUUCGGGGUCACCUCUUACAUAGGCUUCCUCGACUCGCUCAUCAAUUAUCCGGAUGAUGUGAAGCAUCUAAGGAAAAACGGCAUACUUCGAAACUUAAUUGGGAGUGACGAGGAGGUGGCUCAACUCUUCAAUGAGAUAGGCACUGACUUGGUGCCUAACAAUGCAAUUUACAGCAAUGUUAAACGCAUGAUAGAAAAUCACUACCAGACCAGGUGGAAGAAAUGGAUGGCUCAAUUCUUUUACGACCAUUUCAGCAAGCCCUGGAUUUUGGCUUUCAUUGGUGUUCUCUCAGGGCUUGGGCUGAGCGCUGUUCAGACGUGGUACUCCGCCAAUUCUGAUAACCCUUCAUCUCCAUGCAAGGCCCUACUUGAGUACCUGAAAGCGCGCGGGUACUAA